UAUAGCUCAGCUUAUAAAAUUUUUAAAAUUUAAUGGAACAGCAUAUUUUAACAUUCCCUCCAAAAGAACUAACAAAAUACUCUUCUUUAGAUACAUAUGGUCUUCUUUAUUCUGUAUAUACAGAUCUACUUUUAUCUCAGUUCUGGUUAGAAUUAAAAAUUCAUUGUUUACCAUCCAACCGCUCAAUUAUUGAAGGGAUUUCACCUCAAAACCAUAAGACUACAUAUGUUUAUCCAUGUUCAUAUGAGGAAAAUGUUUCUAUAAGAAAAUUAAGUGAAUUAUAUGAAGAAUUUCGAAAUAUACGUGAAGAUGAACAACCAUUGUUGCUAGGAAUUGUAAGCCCAGAUAGCACAAUUGUUUAUUAUAAAAUGAACGAAGGAUUAGCUAAGCCAAGGAAAAAUGACGAAGAUUGAUUUAGAAAGCGAUAUAUUUUGUUGAAUUGUUUGAUCAAUAGAAGAA